AUCACCACAGAAGGCAGCUACGGGAGCAUGCAGUUUUCUAUUGAAACAAGAGCUCGUGACUUUUUUCCAUCUCUCCUUUUAACAUUUCUACUACGCAGACAUGGCUCACCACACAAGGCCUCCCAGAUUAGUCAAAAAGGAAGAGUUAGGCAAAAGGAAAACUAACCAGGGCAAAAAGAAAUGCAGCCAAGUGAGAAAGAAAACCACAAAGACCUCCACGAAAGCUUUUAGUUCUGCAAAAAGCAAAAAGCCGGCACAAGAAAAAGAUGCUAAGAAAAAACAGCAAGAAAAGAAAACAAUCAUGAGCUCUUCAGGUAGGCUUCUCAGGAGCAGUGUAACCAGAACCUUGUCCGGAGCAUCUUGGGUGACUUUGGAGAAAGCUGACAAUAUCCUCUUUCAUAGCCAGGAUUCUUUCAACAUCAAUGGCUUUACAAUGUCUCUCCGCAACCGAUCGCUCUCCCAUAGUUUGUCUCAAACUCCAACAAUUGCAAAACACAAGAAAGCUGCAGCACAAAAAAGACUAGAAACAAAGGAAAAGCAUGAGCAAGAAGCCCUAACAGUAGUAGAAGGAAAAAAUGUUGAAACAGGCAAAAAUGGUUUGAAACAAGAUUCAGCACAAAACGAAUUAACUCCUCUGCCUGUAGAAGAUGCUGCAUGUAGUGAAGAGCCUGCUAUCACCUGUGCCAGUCAAGACAAAGAAGUAGAAAUCCCUGAAACAAAUUACUCUGUUCCAAGUACUCAGCUAACUGAUGACUAUACAGAAGAAUCAGAGGUGAAGUGCAUGCACAAAGACCUGCCUUGUGAGCAGACACCCAGUGACCUCAAUAUGGGUAGUUCAGUUGAAGCAGUUGUUGAAGGUGCUGCACUUCUGCUACUGUCUUCGCCUUCUGACUCCAUAAUCUCCUCUGAAUCAAACUCGAAGGUGUGUGUGGAGAAUCCCUUCCAUCUAGUGCCUAACAGUAUAGAACAUGACUCCAGUGCUGUUGAUACCUCAAACCUCAGCUCAGCGGUACUGUUAGAAGAGUCGGUUCCAUUUGCCAAAUCCCACAUCGAAGCAGAGUCAGACCUGGUGCUACCUAGUGAAGAACAAGACUCAAAUUCUGCACCUAUAGUUACCUCUGAGUUUUACUCUCAAGAACAUUUAUUAGCAGAUGCAGACUCAGUUGCAGAGUCCUGCCUGAAGGCAGGCUGGGAUUUAGAGUCUGAGAAUGGAGACAUUGGUUCAAAUUCCAGCUCCGUAGCUGCCACUGAAUCAAAUUCACUUUUACAUUUUGAAGGUGAAAGCUCACUUGCAGAACCUCAUGUGAAACUGGUUGUGGAUUUUAUCCCCAUUCACAAAGAACUUGACUCAAGUUUGGAUUUGAGCUGUACAAGAGCAAAAUCAGAAUCUGACUCAAAAAACAUACUUGCAGUAUGUGAACCAAUUUCUGAUACCUCUUUAAACAAUAUUGAAGUGGAGGACAUUGAACAACUUGCUAAAUGUAUCGAUGUAGAGACAUUAAUUUUUAAUUCAGGAUAUGUCCCCACUUUAUCUCCAGAUUUAGAAAAAAGCACAGUUGAGAAAAUCUCUGGUGAAAGUUCUGGACAAUUCUCUGGAGGUUUUGUUUCAGAAUUGCCUUUAGGCAUGGAAAUCUCUGAUCUCGCCUCAGAAAAAGCCAUAAAUGCAGAUUUGCCAGCUGACUCAAGACUGCAGCAUAAUGAUUAUUCAUCACAGCUGGGAAGUGUUGGAGUAAGCUUGAAUUUGGUUCAGCAUGUGAGCAACAGCACUGAAGCAGUUGAGGCCUCGGGGCCAUCCUCUCUCAAAAAUCCAGCUGGUGAUUACCCUAUUCCAUAUUCAUAUCUUCUCCCUAUGCUAGAAAAAAAGAAACGAAGGCGUUGUGGAGUCUGCGAGCCCUGUCUGCGGAAAACAAAUUGUGAAGAAUGCAGCUGCUGCAGGAAACGCAAAACUAGUCACCGGAUAUGUAAAAAGAGAAAAUGUGAAGAGCUGAAAAAGCCACCACCACCACCAGUCAUGCUACCUUUUGAGGUCCCAACUGAAAACAAAAGACCUCAGAGGAGGAAGCAAAGAAUUUUAAAGGCUAAUUUAGAAAACAAACCAGUAAAUGGCCGCAGACCAGAACUCAUGGAAUGCAGUAUAUGUGGUCAUGGUGAAAAAUACAGGGCAAAACCAAACCAAGCAGUACCCAUUGAAAAUGUGCAGUCUAAGGAGAAAGGAAGAAUGACAGGCUUAGAGGCAGAGAAGUGGGCACAUAACGAGAAGCCAUCUUUUGGUGUCCACGUCAACGGAGAUAACCAUGCAGCUGUGGUGGGCACCGAACACUUGAAAAACAUUGAGGAUAGCGAAAGCACAGUCUCUCCCAGUCAGUUAGCUGAGCCAAAAAAAUCAUUUGCACAGACUAUCAAAAAUGGCAUCAAACCUCUACAUUAUCCACCACCAGAAGCAGUUGCUUCGCUGAAAGAAGUAUCCCUCGAGGAAAGGACAGAUUUGACAAGCAGCUCCCGUAUGCAGUGGAUGAAAGGUACCAAUGUGAAUAGUGUAGUAAACAGUCUGACCACAGGCGUGAGCUGCGUGCACCCAGAGAAAGAAGGACAUCCUUUAAUGAAAGCAGAAAACUGCACUUGCAGCAUCUUUGGGGAUUCUGAGAGGUCAGUUUUGCAGACGAGUUCCGUUUUGGAUCUGCAGGAAAGCUUGUGUUGUCCUUCACUGCCUGAAGAGGAAGUGCAUGUAGGGAAGGAUGCCUCUGAGGUACCUAACACACAGACACAGCAUGAGGAUAUUUCACUCCAGCCAACUUUCCUGUCCCUGAUUAAAAACAGAAAUUUAACCAUAGAGCAGCUUGUAGCUAUUGAAGCUUUAACACAGUUAUCUGAGGCCCCUUUAGAAACCUCACCAGCUAAACCAGAAAGUACUGAAUGUACAAAAGAAUCGACUUCCAACUUGCUCCAUAGUUAUAAAAGGGACAUCUCAUCUUCCUUCACAUCUUCUGCAUUGAAAGAAAUCAAAGACACUUACUUACAGAAUGAGCAACAGCUCUUGGCUCACUGUGUUCCCUCACAGAAGCAGCUCCCUAAUAAGGCUGUGUUAUACAAUGGCCAAAGUUCAGCUUCUGAAUUGUGUGAGAAACCUGCCUACCCAACUGGUGAGAUGUAUAAAUUACAGUUACUCUCAGGAGAUACUGAAACUUUAUCUGACUUAACAUCUGAUUCAAAGUCAAUUUCAGGAUAUACCAACAAGAAAAAUGACACUUGUGAUCCAGUCACUCUCACACAGCAUUGCAGUGCCUCACAUAACAUCCAGCAAACAAGUAACAGCUUCGAAGCUCUUGGUCAGUUAGAGCAAAAGCCAGUCUGUAAUGAUUUGAAGUUAGAAGCUAGUUCUUUAUGUAAGGAAGGUGGACUUCACAGCCAGGAUGAAGAGGAUGUAGCUGCACAACUCACUCAACUCGCAGCGCUAAUUGAAUCAAACCAGACAAAUUCAGAGCAGAAGAAUGACAUAAAGGCAUCGCUGCUUAAUCUAAUAUCACAUGAGAAGCAGCCAAAAUAUAACCAAGAUGUGCUGCAGAAAAAAGAAUCUGUGUUUUUUAGGAAUAAUUAUAGUUCCUUACUGUUAAAGCAAAAACAACCAACAAAUAAAAAAGGAAAUGUAGUGCCAUGGAAACCAAGGCCCAAAAAGAAGCCUCAAGAAGCACGCUCUCAACAAAAUAACCAAAACCAGCUAGAACUGUUGUCAUGCCAGCAUAAUGAGUUGCAGGACGUUUGGGUAUCAUCAAAGCUGCACAAGCUUGGUCAAACCAUGCCACAGGAUUCGAGAAUAGCUCCAUCUGAAAAAAAAUCUCCAAGAACCAAAGUCCAGAGGGUACUGCAUCAAAAUACUUCAGCAUCACAAGAAAAAACUAGAUUGUUUCUCCCACAAACGCAGAUAAAAUUCCAUAGAUGUUUACCCGAGGUACCGCAAGAGAGGAAAAAAGACAGAUUGUUUGGCUGCGACGUGGUGAAUGAGCAAAUCAAAGCUGCAGGCUCCAGUGACCCACUGGGCACUGAUCCACUGACAAAUGACGUCAUUGCACGUAACCAGCAUAGCAGCCUGUCCUCCCGUAGUCCUCUGUCUGUGUCACAGUUGAAACCAGCUUCCUUGUUGAACAGACCAAGUGCAAACCUACGGAUGUUUACAGGAAAACACAAUUCUCAGGUACAACAAACAGCAAACGUCAGUCAGACACAUCCCUUGCCUCAAACUUUUAAUCAGUCUAACCUGAGAACUAGUGAAACAUGUAGUGAAGACAAAGCCUAUAUUCAGCAGGGUGCUGUCAGACAAGUAGAGCCCAAGUCGCAAGUGCUGCCUCUUCCCUGUGAUGGGGCCCAGGUACCAGGUGCUGUUGAAGCUCUCAGGAAUAUGGAGCAUACAAGUGAAGUGACCGCUCUGACAUCAGCCAGUUUGGGUACUGAGCACCCACAGAGCACAGGCAACUCAGGGUGUUCUCCAGCAAAAAACACGCUCAGCAGUUUCCUUGAGUCACCUAUGAAGUUUCUUGAUACACCCACAAAAAAUUUAAUAGAUACACCUACAAAAAAAGGACAGCCUGAAUUGCCAACUUGUGACUGUGUUGAGCAAAUAAUAGAGAAAGAUGAAGGCCCGUAUUACACACACCUUGGGACAGGACCAAGUGUUGCUGCUGUGAGAGAAAUAAUGGAGAACAGGUAUGGAGCAAAAGGAAGUGCUGUAAGAAUAGAGGUAGUGGUUUAUACAGGAAAGGAAGGAAAAAGCUCUCAGGGCUGUCCAAUUGCCAAGUGGGUGAUACGAAGAAGUAGCGACGAGGAAAAAUUGCUGUGCUUGGUACGUCAGCGUGCAGGACACCACUGUCAGACUGCUGUCAUUGUGAUUCUCAUCCUGGCCUGGGAAGGGAUCCCUCACCUCCUGGCUGAUACACUCUACAAAGAGCUGACGCAGAGCCUCAGGAAAUACGGCUGUCCCACCAGCCGUAGGUGUGCGUUAAAUGAAGAUCGUACUUGUGCAUGUCAAGGACUUGAUCCAGAAACUUGUGGAGCAUCAUUCUCGUUUGGCUGUUCAUGGAGUAUGUAUUUCAAUGGCUGUAAAUUUGCCAGAAGCAAAAACCCCAGGAAAUUCAGGCUUCUCACAGAUGACCCUAAACAAGAGGAACUUCUUGAAAAUAAUUUGCAAACUUUAGCUACUGAUGUGGCUCCGGUUUAUAAAAAGCUUGCUCCUGAAGCUUUCCAGAACCAGGUAGAAAACGAACACAUGGGCCCUGAUUGCCGGCUGGGAUCCAAGGACGGGCGGCCUUUCUCUGGUGUAACAGCGUGCAUAGAUUUCUGUGCCCAUGCCCACAAGGACACGCACAACAUGCACAACGGAAGCACCGUGGUGUGUACACUGACCAAGGAAGACAACCGGAGAGUGGGGGUGAUUCCAAGCGAUGAACAGCUCCAUGUGUUACCUCUGUACAAAAUUUCACAAACAGAUGAAUUUGGCACUGAAGAGGGACUGGAAGCUAAAAUAAAAGCCGGAGCCAUACAGGUGCUCACAGCUUUCCCCAGAGAGGUCCGAAUGUUAGCUGAGCCUCUCAGAGCUACAAAGAAAAAGAAACCAGACACAAGGAGGACCUCGAGUGAAAAGCAGCCAUUAACAGACAGAAAGUAUUCCACACCAGUAAAGCUGAAAACUGAAGCCCCAGAAAAUCUUGGCAACACCUUGCAGUGUUUAGGGAACAAAGCAGAUGCUUUAAAACCUGGAAUAAAAAUGGAGGCUUCCGAUCACCUCUGUGCCAUUAAACAUACUUCAAACACUACUAAAAAUUGCUCCUUGUUGAAACAGUACACGGCUUCCUCCCCUUUCAAGGUGGAUAGUUUACACCCCUAUUCAUCUUUAGCACACAAGCCUGGCAUCACAGCAGUGACCAAUAUUCAACAAGAUUUUUCAGUUCCCUACGGGUAUUUUGAAUGCAGCAGUAAGCAACCUCACGUGACACCUUACAUUAAUUGUAAGAACUUUGAUGUGUCGGUCAAAGAUUAUACUGGAAUUUUGCUGAAUGAGAAGAUGAAUGGUGUGCCACCAAUUCUUCCAGAGGUCACUGUGCCAGGCCCCCCAGCCCACAGAGCCCCCCUGCCCACUAUACUUGAACAUCAGCCAGACAAGCAGAAUUGUCAGCUUCAGUCAGACAGCACCACCUCUUCACAGCCCAUCAGCUCCUGUGACCUGUCAGUACCACUGAGCUCUCCAGCAAAGGACACCGUGGGAAGUGAAGCUGAGUGUUCCCAUGGAUGUCCAGUGGAAAGGGGCAGCUCCCACGAAGAGCAGCUGUGCCAUUUUGACUGUGCUGAUGUAAAGCAGAGCACUGCACUGGGACAGCCAUCUGAUUUGGAAGAAAAAGCUGAGGAAAUAUGGUCAGACAGUGAGCACAAUUUUUUGGAUGAUGAGAUUGGCGGGGUUGCUGUGGCACCCUCUCACGGUUCUAUCCUAAUUGAAUGUGCAAGACGUGAACUCCAUGCUACCACGCCUAUAAAAAAGCCCAACCGCAAUCAUCCCACCAGGAUUUCUUUGGUUUUCUACCAACACAAAAAUUUAAAUGAGCCAAAGCAUGGUUUAGCCAUGUGGGAAGCAAAGAUGGCUGAGAGGGCGAAAGAAAAAGAAAAGGAAGCAGAAAGAUUAGGAACAGAGAACACUGAACUAAACUCUAGCGGCAGGAAAACAAAGCAAACAAGUGAAACCAGAGAUAUUUUUUAUGAAGAUAAUGAGUUCAACCAAAUUCCAUCCCGCAGAGCAUUGACAGUAACUAAGGAUAACGUGAUAACAGUAUCUUCUUACGCCCUCACACGCGUUGCGGGGCCUUACAACCAUUGGGCAUAGGUUUCGGUGUCGAAUGCCUCCUCUUGGUGCAGUGUUACACAGUGUUUAAGGUGCUGUUAAAGAACAAGUCUUGUGUAGUUUACUAUUUGCUCAUCUCAACCAUUUUAAGGCUGAGGUAAAAAGAAAGGGGGGGGAUUUCUUCUUAAACUGUGACUUUAACAUUUGGUGGUGCUCAAGCACAAUUUAAGCAAAAAAAAAAAAUUGUAUAGUUUUAAUACAUUCUAAAAAAGAUUCUGUUUAGGUUCUUAACCUUGAUUGAAUCAUUCAGUUUAUUACCUUUAGGAAUUUAUAUUUUGGUGCUUUAAAUCAAGUCUGUUUACUACAAGAAUCAUUUAUAAGGAUUUUAACAGGUUCACAUUUUAUGGUGUUAAAUCAAGUUAUACAGUAAUAGCUCUACACAGCUCUUGGUGCUUAACCACGUUGAACAGUUAUAAAUAAGCUGAAUUAUUACUUCAUGGUGCCAUUGCUUUAACAACUUCCAACCACUGAUGUAUAGUCCAAACUGCAGAUAAAUCUUUUAGAAAACCAAUGAUUUUUUUUUUUCCCCCUCUAGAGAUGCCAUUAUGUAAGAAAUGAAGUUAUUGGCAGUGAUGGCUGGAAGUUGUUUUUAAGCUGUAAAUAUAUAUUUUAAAAGCACUUUCUAUUUUUAAAACUAACUUGAAAUAGUAUAGUAUAAGGAUCAUAUUGUCUAAGACUUGUGCAUACUCUACAGAAGAGAUCAUUUUAUUCUUGCUGUGUAGAGUUCCAUAUUGUUACAGCUGCAGUAUGUAUGCUAACAGCAUAUGUGAUUGUUUUUAGACUUGCCCUUUUUCAUCGAAGAUUUUAUGUUGCAUUUAAAGCACAGUUAUCAGAUACAGAAACAUCUAUUAUUUUCAUGAGUGUGCAAACAAUGAGUUAGGAGAUGUCUUGUCAGUACGUGUGUUGUUGGGAGCUAGGAAUAUUGUUUGGGGUUUUUUAAAGGCAGCAUUUGUUAUGAUUUCUUUGAGCAAUAAGUGCAUAAGUCUCAUUCAUUUGGAGCAUUUCAACUUGACAACCAAAUGUUCCUAAUGCCUCAGGGGUAGGAUUGUUUUGGAAUAAAAAAAUAACCCCUAGAGUUGCCAUAUUCUAUUCUGGAAAAAAAAUAAUUUGGGGAAAAUACAACAUAAGUGUUGGAAAACAUAAACCUUGUAAUAGCUAACAGCAAUUUUUUCACUAAGAAUAACCUAUCUGUGCUAUUCACCAGCUCUCUACAUUCAGUUUUUGUACAAAAUCUUCUGUACAUUUUUUAAGUGAUUCACACAUUUCACAUAAAAAUGGUUUUAUUCUUGCUUCCAAACAGAGGAAAGUCAUCAUCUCCAUUUCCAUUGUAAAAAUGACUAUUUGCUAGACCAUGGGAAAAACAGACACUCCAUUGCUUUUAAACACUGUAGCAUCCCACUCUUCUUUCUGAUUCUCCUCUCCUAUGUGUUUCAUUUUUAAACUUAUUUAAACAGAUUACCAAAUGGCAACAUUAGCUAAGGACUGACCUCAUCCUGCAGCUUCUCCCAUGAUAACAGCUCUGAGUAGCCAUAGCUGCCUGGUCAGAGCCAGCAGGAGCGCUCAAGUCAGGACUCCUUUUGUGACUGAGAGCUGCAGGGUCGAAGCCCCAGAGGUGAAGCUGUACCUUACUUCUGCCUCGGAGUCCUCUCCACUGAGGUACCCUGUAGGUGUAAAGAGGUCAGAAAAUGUACUGUUAAUAUGCUUGAUAAUGUUCUAGCAUAGUGGUGCUGUGACAGAGGAGUACGAACUAUCUAGAUCUGCUCUAUUUCAGACCCAGACAAGGUGCUUUUUCCUUGGGAAGCUGAACUGUAAGCGCCGUUUACAGUUUUGGUACGAAAAAUAAAUGCACCACCUGUGUUCUUAACACAGUGCCAGGUAGGACUUUGGUGCUACAAAUGUUGAAACGUGACUGUAGACCCCUGAGACUGUUCUGUACAGAUGUGCACACCUGCAGGUCUGAAGUAGCAAUGUGAGGACCUUGGGUUCAGUUCUGUAGCUUCCUGUCAUUAGAAUUAACAGAACUGUUGAUGGCAGAGGAUGGCCCAACUGAAUCCUUCUUGGUAUCUUACCUAUUUUAAGUAAGUUUGUAAAAACCGGGUAUGCUGCAAAUCUUAGUUCAAAGCUUAAUAUUAGUUCAAAUAGAGGAUAUGAAGGGAUUGUAAAUAGUAAUAAAAUAAAACCAAUAUUAUGCCAUCAUUUUGUACCAGCAGUUUUAUGCUUCUUGACUACGUAAUAUACAGUAUACAUCAAGUCAUUAUCGUAUUUUGUGUGCCUUAGAUUUCCAUUUGAAAACUUGUAUAUUUUUGGUGAGCCGAAGAUUAGUAAGAGUUCCAGCAGUCCCUACAGUAAGCAGUACUGUGCCUCUCAUGUGAUUGCUACCUGAAAACCCUUGUCCCAUCCCACAGCUGAUCAUGUAAAGGAAAGAUUAGUUUACUGGUUCUACUGAUAGUGCUGAUAGCUUUAGUUUGUAUCCAUGCAGACUGAAAAACUUCAUUCUUGGUCAGCACUCUCAUGUGAAUAAGUUUUUCUACACAAAAUCAGUAAAUUAUAGAGCCAUCUCCUAACAUUUUUAAGGGUUUGGAUUGUUAAAGUGGAUCACUUUUACUUGAAUCUUCCCCUAUAAAUGCCCUUGUUUAACUUAUACAUGAUUGGAAACUUCAAGAUUAAAAUGUUCCAUUGGAAAACCUGCAGCUUCCCUCAGAGAAGGGAGAAACAAGUGGAUCUGAAAGGAUACCUCCAAACAUAGGCCCUGGCAAGUCUCUGCACAGGUCAGUCCAGGUCUUUUUAGAAAUGGCCCUUUUAACAGAGAAAGAGCUUAACAUAAUCGUUAAUGCUUUAAUGGAUAGGUGCUAAAACUCAUAGUUAACUAUUUUAAGCUUACUUACAUGAGAAGAAUGUUUGGUAUAUAGAAUAAAAUGCCACUGGUGGUGCUCUUUCCUUGGCUGCCUGUCACACAGCUACUUUUCCAGGCAGGCCAGCCACUUCCAGUUCCUGCUGUGGCACACAGCAGGCUGUCAUCUGAGAAGCUGGUAUUUUCCAUUGCUGUACUGCAGUAUAGAGAAUGCAACUGCUCACUCUUUUCACAACUGUAUGCUAUUUAUUGUAACAUCUCAGAACAGUUAUCAGUCUUAUACACCUGUUACGUUGUUUUGUGUAAGGUUAUCACUAUACAACAGUAUUUGUCUCUUAAAAUUUGCUCAUCUGUGAGUCUGUUGCUUUCUUUGCAGCCCACACAACCACUUGAAUUCGCUCUUGGCCCUUAACACGGUCCUUUCAGGAUGGCCAACUCAAAAGCUGGGUCUAAAAUGAAGGUAGCUGGCCAAGUCAGACCUACCUAUUUUAAUUGGUUUCCAGCAGCUGGCACUAUGCUCUGGGUGAAAAACCAGAACACGGACUCAGGUGUGGGCUGGUGAUGGGGUGUGGUUGUGCGUUGAUCCUUCUUCACAGUAUGCUAACAAAAACACCAUCCAACAUGGGACAACUCUGACUUCCCAGAAGAAAUGUCUCCCAUGUCUUUCUCCACUAGGUGCAGCACUGCCACUCUACCCUCGCUCUGGAGUGGAGGAGCAGUGCUUUCUGCAGGAGCUGGCUCUGACUCCCUCAGUCCCUGUUAGAGUUACUGCAGUUGUGCCCAAUUCAGUAGUGAAUUAUACUCACGCAGUUUCUCUGUGCUUACUGAUUUGUAAUGUGCUGUUAUAUUACAGAAAAUGGAAACAAUUUACUAUAAAUAUUUUGGUCAUAAGAUCCAAACAGCUUUUUAAGAACUCAGAAGUUCCUGUAACUUUCUAGCUGUAACAGUUGUAUUCAUAUUUAUUUCAAGGACUUUUUAAGCUAACUUAGGAGUAACUGCUGUUGUAAGUCCUUAUCUUACCUGUGACAGCGCUUCUCUAUGCUUAGAACAAGAAAUAACUGUAGUAUCUUAAGCAAUGUUUUAUGUUAAGCAUGGGUGAAUAGCAACUUCUUUAGUACUUAAGAUUAUUUGUAACAUAAAACUGUUUGGGGUUUUUUAAUGACCUUUUUAAUAUCAUUGCAGUAUUAUGUUAAAUUUGGGUCCUGCUUAUGUUGCUGCCGCCCCCCUGACUGCAAUGUAUUCAUUCAUCACGCUUUCACACCAUUUUCAUGUGUAGCUGGAUGGAACUGAAUAGUAACAGUGCCAAUUGAACAGGCCAAUGCCGAGUCGAACCCUCACAACCCUACAGUUAAUAGGUUUUGCAAGGACAGAUGCAGAGAGAUUUGGAGUAAAUGUUGUACUUCUGGUUAAACACAGAGGUGACUGUAGAGAGACAUCAUACCUUCACCUCAAGUUUCAAGUAGGCAGGUCUAUUUCAGGCCACCUUCAGGCUUAUGCUCUUAACAGCUUGAGCAGCAAAAAGGCAGGAACUACUUCACUGUUAUUAAAUGGUAUAGGGGUGUCAUCAUCACCGUUUUCCACUUUCUGAUAAUAAAGACCUUAAGAUUCUUCUUUUCAAUCCAUUUCCCCAGAUCAUCAUCCCAACAGAGUUUGCAGUGUUCAACCACAUAUUUUAACUUCAGUUUUAAAAGACAGGAGACGAUUAUUCAUGCUGUAUUUGUCAUUCUUCCCACAACAGUAUAUUUUUCUCUUUUCUUCUACUAGACCAUUAUAUACGUAAUUUUUCCACACGGACAUAUACUGAAGUGCUAGAAGGGUGCUUAACAACUUAAUGUGAAGACAAUGUGGUUCUGUUUCAAACACCUUGCACACCCUCCCAUCUUUCCUCAUAAAGUCAGAGAAUGCAGGUGUAGACCCCAAAAAGCUACACAUGUAGGGAGGAAGGCAGAUGAGGCAGUUAAUCUACAGCAAGUUACCAGUUAGAGCAGAUAUGCUGCAUUCCAAAGUGCUGUUGCGGUCGAGCAAGGCAACCGCUAGCUUGAUGUUCAGUGUUGCAAUUGUUGCUGCAGAACACUUUAAUACUGAUGCGGAAAGUUUUGUGAUCUGAUCAAUAUUUUACAUGUAUAUCUGUAUUUUUAUUAUUGUAAUGGAAAAAAGUCUAAGGUUUGGGAGUCAUCUUAAAAGUGAGAAUAAAGGCCCUGAUUAUCAUUUAUACUACUGUCCUUUGCAUCCCAUUAAAAAGAUAAGGGGCCUGAAAUGGAUGAUUCAGCUUACAUGCUUUGGAGUAUCCCACUGCACUGACAAUGGUAUGGAAAAUCAGCAGUAUAAAUCAAAAUCAUUACCAAAUGACUGAUUUGUACCAUCAUCUGAAAUCAAUUUCAUGAUAUCCCUACUGUGUACUUACUGGCCAGUAACAUCCAGAUUGUUCUCAGUUUAGAAAUACAGGCUGGAAAGGAACUGGCUUGUUUUUUAUCAGGUUUUAAGUAUUCACUUACAUUGGCUGUCCUUUUCCAACACUAUGUACAAAGAGAAUGUGGUAAAAGGUUUUUCUGCAUCUAGGUAAUGGCCUGGCUAGAGAUCUCUCAGAACUGUCAACACUCUGAGCUUCGGUAGUUUUUCUUAACAUACUUGCUUCCCUUUACCGUAAAUUGAUCCCUUUUAGUUGAUUAUAUAAAUUGGGGUUGUGACUAUCAAUUUAACUCUAUGCUUUUCUGGCUGAAGACCCAACAGGGUGUGCAGUAUUGUAUGUUCUUGUCACACUGCAGUCAGUUUUGGGACACAAAGCUAAAAGCCAGUGUUUUCUGACUGCCUGAAUUGUGAUACUCGACAUGAAACCAUUAGCACUGCCCUGCAAGCCUGAGUCAUACAGAGCUUCCCUUGCUGCCAAUGGAAGCCUUAUGUAAGCAUCCAGCCCCACUACAGUGCAGUUACAGAAUGCAACACAGUGCAAACUUCUCUUUCAAUACAAGUUUAAGGAAAAGGAGACAUAUUUUCCUCCUUAAUUUCUAAACUGCAGUGACACUCCAAAGCCUAAUGAGGACAGAUUUUGUGCUAACUCUGUGAAUGCCAGUCUAAUCCAUGUAACUCUAAAGGCAGCAUCUGGACUUCAUGAAUCUCUUGUUCUCAGAAUGAAAAAAAUAACUGUAGGCAAGAAAAACAAAUGCGAUAUCCCAACGCCACUAAAAUAAAGCCAGUUCUAACCAAUAUAAUCAUCCAGACAUUUCAGUCCCUACCAACCAUUCUACAAUUCUUUGCUCAGUUUGAGACAGCUCUUCAUAAUAUGACAACGUCAGAGCAGGUCAAAAAUACUGCUCAGACAUUACUGUCAUAAGGAAGAACAUUAAUAUGUAAGGACACACUGUACUGACGUGCUAUGGUUAAUGGAAUUCUUUCCUGCUUUGUAAAGUGAAAAGAUUAACAGUAUGCUGAAGUGAAAAAAAGAAAGUCAGCCUUGCCUUUCUUUCCUUCUCUAUUUUCUUUUCUCUAUAUUUCUUUCUUUCUUUGGGAUGCAUUGGAUAUUUAUUUUUCAAAUUUGGAUUUGGGUUAUUUCCAGUUACCAACCCACAGUAUUUUGAUCUGGAACUUACAAAUAGUUUUCUGAAACAAAAGAUUAUGUACAGGGAGGAAAAAAAUCACAAAGAAAAAGCAGUUCAUUAUGUCACACUAUUUACAGGAGAAAGUACAAAAUUUACCUUUUUUCUCACAAAACAUUUGGGCCUGAUUCUUUCCUAAUAAAACUGAGCACAGCUUCAUGAGGCUGGUGGAGCUGUGCAGAGUUUUGCUAGCUUAGGAACCGAACCUUAAAAUCUUCUUUGCAGACAAGGGAACCCUUACCAGCAGUACUUGAAGACUUGUGAGUUGUGACUGCAUGUUACUUGAAAGAUCUAAUUAAGCUAUGUUUUUUGGUGCAAGCAGUUGUUGUACAUGAUUUCAUGUUUAUGUAGCAAGAUGCAUUGAAAUGUCGAUACUAGUAUUGAAACAUACAUGUAAAAAAUUGUUGUGGAAAUUGUCUGUUCUGUUCUAUUUUUCUUGUGUGUCUCAUCUUGUUUAGAGCGUAAACUUGCCUUUUUUUUUUUCCCCCCCUAUUUUUUAUUGUCCUAACUGAAUAAGGCUAAAUGAAUACUGUAAUUGAAAAUAUAUUUUAAAUCUUGUCAUGAGUUUUUAAAAAGACUAUUACAAAUUGUACCAUUCCUGAUUACACAGAACUUUGUG